AUGUCAAAUUAUGGCGUGUUGGAUAGGAUGAUGCAAGUGGGGCAAUACACAAAGUCAUUAGAUAAUUUGGAUCGAACUUCAUUUUUUCCGGAUAGAACAUGUUUUGCUCCUAAUGCUGUAGAUAAAUGUAAAUUUUUUGCUAUUGGAGCAGCAGUGGGUUACCUAGGGAAACCAGAAGGUGCGUAUUACGUGAUCAAAUAA